UGCCUCCUCUCCAUGCUCCUCGCCAUCCACAUUCGCUGUGGCGUGUGGCCCGAGGCGUUUGUUGUUACGGCAGCAGUUGCGCCAGGUUGCGCUGUCCGUGCUGUGGCCAGUGGGUUGGUAGGUGAAUAGAGUGCAACAACAUCAACGAUUCCGGCAGAUUGUUGUGGUGUUAGUCUGGACCCGCCUUGACAAUCACUUUACCACGAAUGUCAUCCUCUCGAGCGCUAGUUCAAGCGUCCGAUCUGCAGAACGCAUGAAUCAAGAGGAACGGAGGUGUCCUGUGGGUCCUAUUGUGAAGCUUUGACAACCUGCACACCAGCUCAAACAAAAUGACUUCAAUGCCUCAGACACUUCGCAUUUUAGAAAACUCUCACGUUAACCGUGCUUUCUCUGAAGAAGCUUGUGACUGUGAAUCGAGCAGCGCAACCCCUGACGGAUGCAGUGACAAGUCGUACGAACCGGAAUGGGCUGAGAAUAUUGGCCCAAAAGGCGAAUUAUUCUUCAUUGAACCAAGGUACAAGUCGUCAUUCGGGACAAGAUCCGUCGCUGCCUCCGACAAGAGUUCCGGUAACGACUCUCAAGUUGCGCGUUCCAAAGGUUUCGGCUCUGAAGCUAAAAACAAGAUCCGAAGCUUAGUAGGACGCAAAAAGGUUAAACAUCACAGUGGGGAUGGCCAGCUCAACGUUUCGCUGUGUCGGAAAGAGCCAUCGCUGCGCUCCUUCAACAAAGCAGAAUGUAUCGAAGUGUUCAUUGACGUCGAUCCGGCCCGCCACAACUAUGGACGAAGGGCGACAGUCUGCGAGGCGCUCUUUGGCAUAAUACCUGGAAGUCUACCGCCGAGGCUUGCCACCGCUGAAAUGCUUGGUGAAUGCUCACCAGUAAUGGUGCAAGGACUUUUGCCAGAUGGCGAGGCCAUUAAGACAGGAGCUAUUAAAAUCGGAGAUGUCCUGAGAAGUGUCGAUGGCUCCAGUGUGAAUGAGAAGAACAUCGAUAGCAUUCUGCGAGGCAUUUCCAAAGCACAGAAGGUAAAGCUUCAAUUUGUUCGCCCUGAAGAGAACACACUUGCGGGAUGCGACAAGUACACGUGCCCUCAGAGUAUAGAUACUCAAAGCUCACUUAUAAAGCAAUUGUCUGGAGACAGUGCAAUGGUUCAGCAAGUGAAACAGCAACUUCACCAAAUACCGCAUGCAUUCCUCUACCAAGGAUUCUGCAGUGACAUGCACCAGCAGAGUGAGCCAGCACGUCGAACUGAGCAUUUUUAUAGAUUUCCUGAUCAUGAUCAUACACUUUCGAAUCUUAGGGGCAUGUUUGUGACUCUGAGUUGUGUGCUUGGAGAUGUUACUGCAACCAAGCCACAGGGCAGCAGCCUCACUGUGGAUGGUCAUUUGGUUCAUGUCGCCUACUUUCACAAAGAAAACGGCAUAGCUGUCCUCUGUCUUCCAGCAGCACGUGCAACCCCAGAAGAAGUUCAUAUUUUUCUUUUGGACAUUGUUAAGCUAUUGAAGUUGGAAUACAGGUCAUUGCCACAGGCAUUUAGCACCGUGGAGGCUCAUACCUGCAUUGACCUAUUCUUGCUCCACUUCUUUCGGGAAAUGCUUUUAGACCCUGGACAAGAAGGUAACAAGCUCAGGUUCAUACGUUCCUUACCUCAUGUACAUUGGUUGCACCUUCCCAUGGAAGCGCAAGCUCACGUUGACACUGUGUUAAGUGAGCUCGAAUCGGCAGACGUGUCUGAGGCAUUUGAUCGUUCAUCCAGGUGCUUUACAUUCCUUGGCUCAUGUGCUUUCUAUAAGGGCUUCCUUCUUGGGAACCACUUGCCCAAGGAUUACCUUGAAAGUGUAUUUCUGUAUUGCCGCCACUACCAGCUACUGACACUCACAAAAGAAGAAUCAGUUGGGCAGGUGGUGGUGUGGAAGGAAAUUUACCUUCAAGAUGACUUUGCGACUGUUCGGCAUUUUGUGCUCAUUGUGGGGCUUAAGCAUAGUCUGAUACUGUCACUUUUAGAAGUUGGUGGCUGCGCAUCUGUUUCUGAGGAGAAUCCUGCACCUGAUGCAUUUUACAUAGACAGAGUUCAAAACUCUUUGCUGCAGCUUGAAUCUCUUGGGGUGCUCUCUGUGGCUGAAGGUUGCCUUUUGAAUCGUGGCUCUGCACCUGGCUCAACAGCCAGUUCUGCAAGCUCCAAGAGCUGGUGUCAGAGUUCAAUGAAAGACAGUCAUUCAAGUUUGUCCCUCUCAGUUCCUCCAUCACUCUCCCCAAGACGCGCAAGAAAGAGUAGUAGUGAUGUAGAACAGUGUUAUCUUUUGCAUUGUACAAGCAACCACUUUGACUGCUCUGAGCAUGACCCCCAGAUGAGCAGAAGCUACAGCAGCUGUAGUGAAUCAAAUGGGCUACGUGCCAGACAUUGCUCUAUUUCCACCAGUUCUGAUUGUGACUCCCGCACCAGUGGCAGUGAUGUCUACCAGGGACGGGAUGAAAAAUUGCAGAGAGCAUUCACCAGCAGUUACGACCUGAGCAGCCUCCGUCGCAGCCUCGAAGAUGGCAGCAGUCAAGGCCAAAACCAGGCACAAUCGUCACAGUCGGUGACCUGUGCUGAUGAAAAUCUUGUUUUUCACUACCUCAGUAUAGAUAUGGCAGAAGGUGUCUUUGUAGCACCAGUAGAAUGUGCGCAUAAGAGCAAUCUGGGUGCUGAGAUUGUGGAAAACUUCUACCGAUGUUGCCUAGAAAUCAGGAAAGUAUUUAACAGUACAGCAAAAGACACACGAACUGCAAGGGAAGAUGAAAUAGAGUGUGAGAGCAAGUUCCUUUCAGACAGGAGCCUUUCAUGUAUAAAAGAGCAUGGAGUGCUUUUUACCUGCCCGUCUUCCAGUAGUAGCAGAAGCCGGGCCAAGGGUCCAAUUUCAUACUGGGUUGUGGGCCGUCUCUUUGCUGACAAAUGUCCACCGAGGGAGGUUUAUGUCUGUAUGCACGAGGACGCUUCUUCAACUGCAUUGGAGAUGGCAUUCAGGCUGUCCUUUGGCUUGCAGAUAUAAGCUGCACCCUUGUCUUUCAUAGUCCUCUUUGAUGAGCUACUAUAGAGGUGUCAGGUUAAGCAUGUUCCGCUAUAUUUAUAACCACAUAUUCACUUGGCAUUACUUUUGUUGUGCUUUAUUUAUUUGUAGCAUUGCUGUUUGGCAUGUUGGAUGUUGCAUGUCACAACUGUGUUUGAAGUGUUCACUUGGCUGCCUAAUAGGUUGCCUAUAAUUAGGAGUUGGUGUUUUGCGUUAAAAGCAGCAAACACACACAAAAAAAGAGUAUGUUGAAUUCAGGUUGGGAUAACAUGAAACUAUUCCACUUGGUUUUCAUUCCAACUCUGCCAUUAGUCUUCCAUGAUUGAUCAACAUGGCCCGGGCCCUGCCCAUAUUAAUGGCGGAUUUAGAAUAAAAAGAAAGUGGAAUAGUUUUACGUUAUCUCGGCCCUAUUCUCGGAACUUAACUUUUAACUGAGAAAUGUCACUAUUCAGUUUGGCACAAGAAAAAAAAUCAAGAAAGAGUAAACAUUAUGUACUUGCAAAUUUUGUGAUGGUAAAGUGUGAUAACAGGUGAGCAGUACAAGUUCAGCAUAGGAAUAGUGCUAAUUUUAUGAGUAAAUGGUAAAAAGUACACCCAAAAUUAUAGAUUGGUUACAUUCCCUAUGAAUUGAAAUCAUUGCUUUCUCCUUGUCAUAAAACAAGAGACAAUUUUGGUUGGAUACCCACCCAAAAUUUCAGUCGUGUUAGUAGAUGUUCAAAGUAAAUGUUAAAUAUAUUUCUCAUUGCAGCCACCA